AUGCCCCAACCAGGUCAACCCUCUAAUAAUAACCUGCCAGUAAGAAAACGUUUAGAGCUUUGGAACGAAGAGUUCGGUGUGCCAAAUGCUGAGCAGCUUGACCCUUUUGAGAGGCAUCCUAUUGUCAAAGGAGAUACUAUGAACUCGCUUGUCAAGCUGACUUCCUCAAAUGACGAACUGAAGGAGGCUAUGGAGCAGGCGGACGAUGAAAGAGAGUUUCUCGAAGAUCCAUCUAUCGCUUCCGUCUUCAUGAAUCCCGGUGACGUGGUUGAAGUCUCUGGCGGUAAAGCAGGCUUGCCGAAACUCGCUGUCUUCACUCAACAGAUAGAGAGGGAAAUGCAAUUCUAUCUCAUGGACGGAGCUUACAUCCACGUACCAAUCUCGAAGGUCAAAUAUGUGAUGCCUGGCAUCAUCGACACCUCUUUGAUUGAAAAAAUCCUGCCAUAUCUUCCCACUAAGCCCGUAACUGAUGAGGCCCGCGAGGCGCUUGUUGGGAAGGUCGAUGUUCCGCGCGAUUUUGGCGCACCAAUUGUUCACACUCUUAUGGGGCUUUGGAACCAAUCGGAAAAGAUAUACCGCGAGAACGCUGCUGUUCUUGAUAACAUCUACGACUCGUUUUGCCAUCCAAGCAAUACCAUUUUCAUCACCUUGGAAAGUAUUGCGCGCAAGCUGUUCGCGCCACGCGGCUCUAGCCAUGACCUGUACGAAGCACCGCCAGCUCUACUACUCGCAAUUCGGAACAAAGAGGUUGAAGCCAUGCAACUGUGUCUCGACUGGGUUCGUGAAUACCAAGAGUACCUUGCCAAUCGCGUUACAAAGUACAACGCGCGGCCUGUCGAUUCCGCAAGUGCCGAGCGACAUAGUCAAGGCGCAGGGUACAUUGCAAAGUUCACAGACAAGGCGAGAGCUUUGGUGGCUUUGAGUCGCCAAACUCGCCCGCCAACCAAACAAGGCAAUAUCGGUCCAAGCAAAGAACGAUUUCCCAUUUCCAAAUCCUCGUCAGCCAUGCGCCUGAAGUACGCUGAAAACUUCAGCGACGCGGAUACUCUCAUCAUUGCAUUCUUGGAGUCUUGGACGCUCGCCAGCAAGUUUGCGAAAUUUGGUCAGCUGCAUUCCGCCGCAGCAUUCAUCAUCAACACUGUAGGGUGCUACCCCGAUGACCAACCAUGCGACAGAGGUUCUGGGCAGGUUUUUUUGCAGGAAAUUGGGGUCCUUGUUCCAUAUGAGAACAGACUGGCGUACGACGAAGGACUGAUGCUCCCGACCUCUCGAUUCUCUCGCCAACUCGAACUUAUCAGCAGAGAGGCGUUCAACAAAAGGGAAAGCCCUGGAUUUACAGAUUCACUGGCCAGUCUACGGCGGGACUUGGGGGAAACGACGGUGUACUGUGUUGACGACCCUAGUGCAGCCGAGAUUGAUGAUGGUUUGUCAAUUGCGAGAAUUCCCGACUCUUCGGAAAGUUGGGUGAGCAUUCACAUCGCGAAUCCUUCCGCGUUCUUUGACCAGAACCAUGUUUUGGCAAAGCUAGCAGCACAUAUGACCGAAACAGUCUAUAUGCCGGAACGCAGUUAUUCUAUGAUGCCAACCUGGGCCACGACCAAGCACUUUAGUCUUGGUCCAGACCGCCCUGCUCUUACCUUCAGCGCCAGGGUGAACAAGAAAGGAGAAAUACUCGAGAAGAAGAUCGAGCCAACCCUCCUACGGAACGUGAAAUACGUCGCCCCGGAUACCAUAUCUCGCUAUUUUGACGUCGAACAAAAGAAGAACUCAGAGCAUUGGAUUGUAGGUGGCGAGCCCCAGGAAGUACGGGCAACACGCAAGAUGGUCGAUGAACUUGAAGAGCUUGAUCUUCAGAAUCUGGGCGAGCUCAACACGCUAGCUAACGCACGUGCCCAACUUCGAAAGGAUGCUGGGGGCCUUUUCCUCGACCAAAGCAGCGUCGAUGUCAAAGUGUAUGAAACUUAUCAACGAAGCGGACUCGGUUGGACCCAACCUUCUCACGAAACAGCACGUUUUGUCAGAGGCGAUCCAGUCAUAGAGCUGAAGCCCGAACCGCUUCUCAACAUGUUCAGUGAGAAGUCAACUCUCAAGAGUAUUUUGGUGCAAGAGAUGAUGUUGCUUGGAUGCGAGAUUGGCGCAGCCUGGUGUUCAGAGCGCAACAUACCCACAAUCUUCAGAGGCUCUGUUCGGAAUCCUAGGAGUGUGUCGAUCGACGAGUUCAAACGAGACGUUCUAGAUCCAGCUUCGGAAAAGCAUCAAGGCGUGCUACCACUCAGCGUGGGAAUCAAGUACAUGGAGAUGAUGGGCGUUACUGUCGCAACCAGUAAGGCUCUUCGGCAUGUAUUUCUUGGCAUGAGCCACUACGCCAAAGUCACAAGUCCUCUGCGUCGGUACGGUGACAUGGUUACACAUUGGCAAAUCGGAUCGGCGUUGCUGGAGGAGGCCAAGACAGGAAAGAGCCUGGUCGGCAGCACAAACCAUGACUAUCUUACCUUCUCAGAGCCUCAGAUCAAACGUCUAUGCACGACAAUCCAACCGCGCGAGCGCAUCAUCUCGCAGACCAAGGAAAAAUCGCUCAGGUUCUGGUGUACCCACUACUACUUCCGGGCAUUCUACUUCAAGGAGGCACCUUUGCCGGAAACCUUCACGGUGAGGAUCCAAACGCACAAUUAUAAAAACAAGAAUUGCUUGGUGCGAGCAGAAGAUUCGUCGAUAUCUAUGAUGAUGGAUCUGCCACCAAAAGGCCAGCCGGAUGCGCGCAUUGGCGAUCGAUGGGAAGUCAAGCUCCAGGAGGUCGACAUUUAUUUUUUGGAGAUCCUCGUAACUCCGAUAAGGUUGAUUGAGAGAGAGGAUGGGACAAGGAUCUAG